CCGCGGCUCCCCAUGGCAGCGGGGCAGCCAUCAACGGCGCGAGCUCGCAGUCCCCGGGAAUCGCCUCGCGCCACCGCGAGUCCAGUCCCGCUGUUGACAGCCACCGCCUCCUCUUCCAGCCUGCCUUACCUGGCUGCGUCGUCCCUGUGCGGCAUCUCCGGCGGCGGUGGCCCCUGCUAAUACCCAAAGGCAUCACCCACCCAUCCGCAAACAAUCUCUGCAUCCAGGGCUACCGGCCAAGGAACGGAGGAGCACCCGCGCGUCUGCUUAUUAAGGAUUUUUUAAAAGUUUACAACUUUUUUCCUGUUUUUAAAAGAAUUUUAAAGAAUUGUUUCAUCUCAAAAAUUUUUUAAAGUUCUUGGGAGAGCUGGUUUUUGUUUAUUUGGUGUUUUUUUUCUUGGUUUUUAUUUUUUACGUUUUUGAAUUCUGGGAGAUUUUUCUUGUUGUUGUUGCUCGUACUGGGUAACUUGACUGCCCCGACUGCUCCGGGCUCCGGGAGAUCUUCCCUUCCCUCCUAGAUUAAUGAGGCAGCCACCUGGUGAGUUUGACAUGGCUCUCAGCGGCACUCUGCUACCCUCCAUCUCCACCUUCGCAGCGGGUACGCCGGGCAAGGAGAAAGUCCUGAGGCAAGCAGGUGCCCCUAACAAUCGGUGGCGGGAGGAGCUGUCCCACAUGAAACGCCUUCCUUCAGUGCUCAGCGGCCGCCCCUACGACUUGGCGGCGGCGGCGGCGGUGGCGGCGGCCGACCUGGAGAGCAACGGAGGCAACAACAAUCCUGCGCUCCUGGCCAGACGAGAGGCUGAGGAGUUCAACGAUUUGCUGGACUUUGAUUUUAUUCUUUCCAACUCCCUGAUCCACCAGGAACCAGCCACGGCAGCCGUGGUGUCCUCAGCCUCAGCGUCCGCCUCCGCCUCGUCCUCCCCUUCGAGCAGCGGCCCUACGAGCGCUCCCCCAGCCAACUGCAGCUUCACUUACCAGCUGCGGGGUGCUGGGGACCCGGGAGGGGCGUCUGGAGGCCCGACCACUCCGGGCGGAAGCAGCAACAGCACCAGCAACGGUGGGGGCGGCGGCCUUCUUUACAUCCGGGAACCUGCACCCCCUCCGGCCGCCCCCUUUAACCUGGCCGACAUCAAUGACGUGUCUCCCUCAGGUGGAUUUGUAGCCGAGCUCAUGCGACCUGACUUGGACCCUGUGUAUAUUCAACAACAGCAGCUUCCGGGUGGCAGCCUGCACGGGAAAUUUGUUGUGAAAGCCACCUUGAACAUGGGGGAGUACAAUGGUCAGUCUAUCAUCAGUGUUAACAAAGGCAACCCCUCCUCUUGCAGCCCAGACGGCAGCCACCCUGUGGUCGUGGCCCCCUAUAGCACAGGGCCUCGGAUGUGUCCCAAGAUCAAGCAAGAGGCCGUCUCCUCUUGCACUAUCGGCAGGCCUAUGGAGGCCCACCUGGGCAGUGGCCCACCUCUCAGCAAUGGCCAAAGAGCGCAGCCCCACGAAUUCCCCUUGGGGCGGCCUCUCCCCAGCAGGACUACCCCCUCCUUGACUGCUGAGGAAUUGAUGAACAGCAGGGACUGCCACCCUUCACCUCAGGGGAUAAGCCAUCCAUUGCCACUACCCCCUGGGUACCACCCUGGACCCAACUAUCCUCCUUUCCUGCCGGACCAGCUGCAGCCCCAGGUUACUCCACUCCAAUAUCAAGGUCAGUCUAAGGGUUAUAUGGCUCUCAUCGAAGAGCUUUCUUUAACAGGUCGUCCUUUGGUACAAGGAGUGAUGCUGACUCCACCCUCUUCACCUUUAGAGCUUAUACCACCCGGGAGUUGCAUGCCAGAAGAACCCAAACCCAAGAGAGGGCGCAGGUCAUGGCCCAGGAAAAGGACAGCCACCCACACGUGUGAUUAUGCAGGCUGCGGGAAAACAUAUACCAAGAGUUCUCAUCUCAAGGCACAUCUUCGAACCCACACAGGUGAGAAGCCUUAUCACUGUGACUGGGAGGGCUGUGGAUGGAAAUUUGCCCGCUCUGAUGAACUUACCCGCCACUACAGGAAACACACUGGUCAACGCCCGUUCCAGUGCCAGAAAUGUGACCGAGCAUUUUCCAGGUCUGACCACCUUGCCUUACACAUGAAGAGGCAUUUUUAAUCCAAAGCAGAGGAUUUUUACCCAUACUGCCAUAUGAGAUUCAGUAUUCACAUGACUGUCUUCCUACUGAGGGAGGAACCCAGCUAAAGCACUAUAUACACGGAAUCAUGGUAAAACAAGUCUUCCAAAGAGUCAAAAGAAAAUGGAUAAUCAGGAGAAAUGAGGAACUUAAAUCAAAGGACAGAUUUGUGGUGUGUGACUGGAUCUUAUCAUUCCAUUUCUGAAUCCAACUUGAAUACGCCUGGAUUACAAGAUGCCAAGGGGUGACUGGAAGUCACGGAUAUCAGGGUUAAAUGGAUUGUGUAUGGGGGAGGGGAGCCUACAUUCCCUUGAAUUGUGUUUCAAUGCAAUAUAAGUAUAAAGAUCAUCUUGUAUUUUUUGCCUUCUAAAAGCCAUUAUUAUGUUAGAAGAGGAAGAAAUUCAGGUACAGAAAAUGUUUUGAAAGCCUAAUUGAUGGUGCUUAGUGACUGUUGGUUCUAAAGGUACCAAAAAAAGGAAGCCAAAGUUCUCAAACUGCUGCAUAUUUGACAAGGAAAUAUAUUUUUGUCUUCCGAUCUACAUUUAUGACCUAAGUCAGGUAAAUAAACCUGGUUUAUUUCUUAAAAAUUUAUGCAGACAGUCUAUAAUGCACUGUGGUUUCAAUGUGCAAUAAAUGUAAUGUUUUAUCCCCAACUAUGCCUUAAGUAGAACAAAUGUUUUUCUAUAGUUCUUUACCUAAUAAAUAUGUAAUAUAAAUUUAAGCAAACUUCUAUUUUGUAUAUUUGUAAACUACAAAGUAAAAUGAACAUUUUGUUGGAGUUUGUAUUUUGCAUACUCGAGUUGAGAAUUAAGUUUUAA